UUUCAAUUGAAUUUUGGGCUUCAGAACUUAUAAUAUAAAAGCGCGUUUCAAUUACUUCAAGACUUCAAUUUCUUUUUUAUGUUUAUGUAUAUGAUAAAUUCUCUAUUUUUCUUUAUUAUAUUACAUUAUGCCUAAAACUUCUUUAAAACAAAAAAAUCGCAAACGCGUUACUUCAUUAAUCCUUGCAAACAAUAUCGACAACCCCAACAACAAUAAUCUCAUUGAUAUCAAGCCAUCUUUCCCUCCGACCUUGACGAUUGAUGAAUUAAUCAAAAACUCCAACACAAAUAAUAAACCAAAAUUGGUUCCAAACGCUUUUAUCGUAUAUAGAAUGGCGUUAAUGAAAGAAUAUCGUAUUAAAAAGUGUAAAAUACCUCCUGUGGGUAAAGUUUCCAAAAUCGCUAAGAGUUCUUGGAAUAUGGAACCAAAAAACGUAAAAGAUUUUUAUGAAUCGCUAGUUAAGGAUGCGAAAUCAAUUUAUAAGCAGAAUAACAUUCAAAUUGUUCUAGAUAAACAUAUGAAUGAUUAUGCUGAAAAUAAACAAAAAAGCAAUUACAUGGAUUUUUGCACAGAAAAAGAAAAUAAAAAACAUGUUGAAGUUCAACUUGAUAGUAAUAGAGUGAAUCAUCCUACUGUCGGUUCAACUGACACUUCCCUAGUAAAUUCUUUAAAUUUUAAUCCCUCACAUGCACUUAAUGAUCGAGAAUAUAUUAGAAUGUUGGAACAAACAAUUGAUUAUUUACUUAAACGUUGAAUCGUUCCACGCUGACAAGUUCGAAAAAGAAAGCAUUAAUAUGACUUUUUUAAUUGGUAAUAUAUUCGUUUACACAAAUUUAAAAAUUUAUAUGAAUUAUUAUUAUAAGCAUUUCUAUUUAAGCUAAUUAAGUUAAAUGAUAUAUAUGCCGAAUCUUAUUGAAGUUUACACUUCACAAAUAUUUCCGUAUUUUAUGCUUAUCAAAACAAUAGCUUACAAGUUUUAAGUUUUUUUUUUUCAAAUUCGUUUUAAUUCUCAAUGUUUUUUGUAAUAACACUGGUAGACAAGCUUUAUAAAAAAAAAAAAUUAAUACAAAUAAAGUUAACCGAUCGAGAACGAAGAAUGCUCAA